GUCUACACGCUGGUGGUGAUGUGCCACUCGGCGCGCUGCGCCGCCCCCAUGUACAGCUCCAUCGUCAGCCUGGCCCUGGCCGACCUGCUCUACCUCUCCACCAUACCCUUCAUCGUCUGCACCUACCUGGCCCAAGACUGGUACUUCGGGGACCUGGGGUGCCGCAUCCUGCUCAGCCUGGACCUGCUCACCAUGCACGCCAGCAUCUUCACCCUCACCCUCAUGUGCACCGAGCGCUACUUGGCCGUCACCCGGCCCCUGGACACCCUGAAGCGGUCGCAAGGCUACCGGAAGGUGAAGGCGGGGGGCGUCUGGUCGGUCUCGCUGCUCCUGACCCUGCCCAUGAUGCUGAUGGUCACCCUGACUGAGGGGAGCAAGGCGGAGGGCAAGGUGAAGAGGAUCUGCGCGCCCACCUGGAGCGUGGACGCCUACCGGACCUACCUGACGGUGCUCUUCAGCACCAGCAUCAUGGCCCCGGGCAUCAUCAUCGGCUUCCUCUACACGCGCCUGGCUAGGACCUACCUGGAGUCCCAGAGGAACCCCCCCCACAAGGAGAAGAGCAAGAGGUCCCCCCGGCAGAAGGUCCUCAUCAUGAUUUUCAGCAUCGUGCUGGUCUUCUGGGCCUGCUUCCUGCCGUUUUGGAUCUGGCAGCUGGUGCGACUCUACAGCAGCUCCCUACAGCUCACCACCCAAACCCAAAAGUGCAUUAACUACCUGGUGACCUGCCUGACCUACAGCAACAGCUGCAUCAACCCCUUCCUCUACACCCUGCUCACCAAAAACUACCGGGAGUACCUGCGCAACAGGCACCGCAACUUCUACAGGUUCACGUCCUCCUUCCGCAAGAGGGGCUCCAACCUGCAGUGCUCCUGGGGACGGUCCAUGUCCUCCAGUAACCAGUAUGACUACAGCUCUGAGGCCGUGGGCAUGGCCACGCUGAAGGACAAGUGA